AUGAUCAAAAAUGUGUCUUCGUCGACGCCUAUGCGACCAACCAUAAACAUUCAACACGAUUCAUAUGAAUUCUCCGAAGAUGUGCUGAAAUCACCUUCGACACAUGUUUCAAUGGACGUCUCGAAUGUCGCCACUCCGUACCAACCGAAAAGUCAGCAACUGAAUGAAAAACGAACGAAAAAAUGGUCUAUUGAUGAUUUUAAUAUCGGUCGACGAUUAGGCGAAGGUUCCUAUUCAACAGUAAUUCUUGUUGAAGAGAAGAAAACAGGUUUUCUCUGCGCUCUCAAAGUAAUCAAGAAAUCAGUUAUUCGUCAAUACCAACAAGAACAUCAACUAAUACGCGAACUCGAAAUUCAUAUGCGUUUAUUUCAUAAACAUAUCCUACGCAUGUAUGACUUUUUCUAUGAUUCGAACCGUAUCUAUGUUAUUCUCGAAUAUGCUGCUAAUGAUACAUUAGCAUCUUAUUUAAAAAAACAUCAACAUUUAGAUAAUACUCGAACAGCAACGUUUAUUUAUCAAAUAGCUGAUGCAUUGAAUUAUUGUCAUCGAUUGAAAAUUAUGCAUCGAGAUUUGAAACCUGAAAAUAUUCUCCUCGGUCAAUUUCAUGAAAUCAAACUAGCUGAUUUCGGUUUGGCACUCCAUUGUCCAAGUUCGCGUCGAACACAAUACAUUGGCACAAUGGAUUACAUGGCACCGGAAGUGAUCGAAAACGAGGAUGUCAAUAACAGCGAUCUAUCAGCAUCAUCUGCAGAUUCAACAACAACUAAAGUACCUAUGCCGUAUGAAGAAUUAGCUGAUUUAUGGAGUUUAGGUAUCAUAACAUAUGAAUUACUUGUUGGAAUUACCCCAUUCUAUGAUCCUGAGAUAACAAUCACGAAAAAACGUAUCUUGUCCUGUGAUUAUGUCUUACCCGAUGAAAUGCAUUUGGAUGGUAAGCAUUUGAUAACACAUUUACUUCAAUAUGAUCGACAAAAACGUUUAACAAUCCCGAACGUCUUCGAACAUAAAUUCAUUCGAACCUUUGCCCAAACGAAUUUUCUCAAUGAGACAUUUCAUCAAUUCGCUACGAUGCAUCAUUCUCAAACAAAUACUUAA